GUUUUGCCUUCUUCGCCCAACGUGCCAGCUGGACAGAGGUGUUCAGCUGUCGUGAUCUGGGUUUCAACUUACCGUGUCUCUUAGAAGUGGAACGCCUUGAGGGUGCGAAGUUGGAGCGCCUGCCACCUGUCUCCUCUGCGGAUCCGCAGUCGGAGGUCUUCCUGGCCACGGGCGGCGGGUCGGCCAAGGUGGUCCACGUGCGUUCCGUGUCGCACAGCCGGCUGGGUUUUCAGCCCAGUAGCAACUCUUGGGUCUCGCGGCUCGAGGCCUUGCUGUUGGCGGUGGUGCACGAGUUGCAUGGCAUGAAAACGGUCUGGAAGCUCAGGAUGGAAUGUGCCAGACUUUCUCCCAAGGCUGCUGGCAGCGAAGGUCGGAUGUUUCUGCACCUCACCUCGUUGGCAGAGAUUGCAGCCACGGACCUCUUCCAACUGCUGCAGUCCUUCGUGGUGGAAUUCGUGGCACGCCAUGGUGCGCUCCUACAGGCCUUGUGGUUGGAUGAGAUCACGCUGAAGGCUGCGAUGGGGGGAACCCAGUGUGCCAUGUGGCGCUUCUCAGAAGCCAGUUGGACCUUUGAAGAAGUGGGGAGGUGGAAGUUCAUUGGCAAUUUGCACUUGAAUACUUCGCCAGCACUGGAUUGGGCUGUGAAGCAGGCUCCCCCUAUCAGAUGCCUCUUCGUUCAUGCCCUCCGGUUGUGUCGCCGUAGCAGCUCAUCGAAGUCUUUGAAGAUCAAGAUGCUGAAGGAAUCGAUGGAAGUCAUCAUUUCCGCGUCAGGAGAAUCUCCACAUGAUGGCAUCGAAGCAGCUCUGGCGAAUGCGUCUUUGCAGGCUCCUCAGGCCCCAAACCCUGAUGAGAUGGAAACGCAACAGCUUGUUGAUGACUUGGAAAAGCUCAUGAAUGAUGACCUUAUGUGUGACGAUGCUACCCCAGAGGUGGCUGUGGAUCCCAAGGUGGAUGGUUACCGUCGUCAAGCUGCCAAGGAGAUGCAUUGCAUGGAAGCUAUUCCACCGGAGAUGCCCGACAAGACCGACCUUGAAAUGACUGAGCUCAUGGAGAACCCCCCUGAUGCUUACCAGGCACAGCUGGUGGCCGAGAAGGCAAAGAAGAUUCAGCAUGCAGAGCAGCUCCUGAAGAAUGCACAGAGUGAUGGGAAGGUGAAGAACAAGUUCUCGAAACCCGGUCGGGGGCGUGGAAAGGGUCGUGGGAGAGGCCGUGCUGUUGACAAUUCCGUGGCUGAUCCCAAACCUUCUGAACCUGCUGGUGAGAGCAAUGGGAAUGAUCCAACCCCUGAACCAGAAGGGGGAGGUUCCGGCUCUGGUGAGCCUGCUGGUGGGGACCCCAACAUUGAAGUGGCACCUAAAAAGGGGCGCAACCAUCUUACUCAGAGUGAAUUGCAAAAGAUGUGGUCUGAGAAGGCUCCCUUGCUUCGAGCGGCAGCUAUUCCUGUGCCUGCUGACUUUGACCCUACCAGCAAGAAGUCCUUCACAUUGCCCCCUCCAGAUGAUAAGAAAUGCGGGUCCGUAGGCAUUCUGUGGACGUUGGAUCAGAUCUACGUCUCAGCUGUGACCAACAAGGAAGCUGAUGAGUCCAUCCGGGUGAACAAGAAAGACCCAUCCAAUCGGAUCCCACAGCCUGUCCUGAAUCCAUUCGCCAUCAUGGCAUUGGGCCUCUCCAAGCGCAAAGCAUGUGCACUGCUAUUUUGGGGAGCACCAGUCCUGCUGAUUCACUUGGUGGAUUAUUGCUGUCAAGUUUGGGCCGCUGAGCAUGGUGAUGGUCCUAUGCAAGACUUGCAAAUGCUGGAGUUGUUUAGCGGGGAGCAGGAGCUGACCCGACAAUGCAGAUUGAAUGGCAUCGAGUGUCGUGCAAUGGACAUCAGGAAAGACAAGGUCUUGCAUGACUUGACGUCUUCCCGUGGGUUCUGUCUAGCCUUGCUCCGUUGGGUUUGGAUAAGUGCAUCUACGACGAAGCGACGCAGCCGCGAACAUGGCAUUUUCGGAGAUGAAGGGCUGGAAGGGGUGCGGGUAGAACAGCCAUCUUCAAGCUGUCUUCCCAAGUGCCCCUACGUGGCCCACGUCAUGACCAACAUGGAGCAGCCCUUGGAUUGGAAACAUGCUGACUUACCAGCUCUUCGGCAGUUCCUUUUGGAGGAGAUUGCAGCCAACAGGGUCGAUUGGACACACCUGGCGGGACCCUUGUGGGACCUGGUGGGGCCUAGUGGGGGCUCUGGGUGGGCUAGGGAGCAGAGCGUGACGCCGCGUGCGGCGCAAAUGGCCAUGCAGAAUGGGCAGCGUCGGCUAAAACUCAUGCAAGGGGUGGUCAACAACAGUACCGCUAAGCGUGAUCGCACCGAUGUGACCAAAACGCCGUCUACCCAGGUGGCUACGGCAACUGCUGGUGGCAUCAGCAUUUCUCAAAUGCAAGCCAUAGCAACACCACAGAAGGUGCCUGUCACGACCGACCCACAUCCCCAAGCAACCCUAGACGACACACUUGUGGUUGAUGAUGACAACAUGGAAACACCAGAGCCUGUGCAUACCAGCAAGUCGCCUGAACCAGCAGCAGAGCAUUCCCAGGGUUUUGACAAAACACAGCAAACUCCCAAGACAAGGGCUUACUUGGCUUGCAUGCAACGAAAGUCCACUGAUGACCUUUCACUGCCGAAGACACCAGAACAUCCCACAGCAGAAGCAGCUCCAGUGAUUGUCACCCCAGUGGCAGCAAGACCAGCUCACAGCACACCAGCUGUUGUGACUCCAACGCCACCUGUUGUUGCACCUGCACAUGUGUUGACUGCAGCACCCGGCACAGCAUCAGCAGAAGCACCGCCUGGCAGCACGGCAGUGGCACCAGCUCACAUCGCCCCGGCAGCAACACCAACACCUGUUGUUGCACCCGCACAUGUGUUGACUCCAACACCUUUCACAGCAUCAGCAGAAGCACCGCCUGGCAGCACUGCAGUGGCACCAGCUCCCAUCGCCCCGGCAGCAACACCAACACCUGUUGUUGCACCCGCACAUGUGUUGACCCCAACACCCGUCACAGCAUCAGCAGAAGCACCGCCUGGCAGCACGGCAGUGGCACCAGCUCCCAUCGCCCCGGCAGCAACACCAACACCUGUUGUUGCACCCGCACAUGUGUUGACUCCAACACCUGUCACAGCAUCAGCAGAAGCACCGCCUGGCAGCACGGCAGUGGCACCAGUUCACACCGCCCCGGCAGCAACACCAACACCUGUUGUUGCACCCGCACAUGCGUUGACUCCAACACCUGUCACAGCAUCAGCAGAAGCAUCGCCUGGCAGCACGGCAGUGGCACCAGCUCACAUCGCCCCGGCAGCAACACCAACACCUGUUGUUGCACCCGCACAUGUGUUGACUCCAACACCUGUCACAGCAUCAGCAGAAGCAUCACCUGGCAGCACGGCAGUGGCACCAGCUCCCAUCGCCCUGGCAGCAACACAAACACCGUUGGAGCCCGAACCCCAGUCACCUGACCCCCGCUUGCUUCAGUUUUGGUCGAGGUUCAAACGGAGCCCCAUGUCCAGGGAGCCUCUGGUACGCCCACUGCCGCCACCCACAUUGAACCUACCAGCUCCAACAGAAGCCUUGUACACAGUACUUGAUCCCCUCAACUGGAAACACCUGAUUCGAUCCAAUGUUGGACACCGCUCUGACUGGAGAUCAUGUUUUGUGGUGGCUGCAUACAACCACAACACAAUCUUUACCUUUGCGAAUGAGCGAGGUGAGAUUGAUGGAACCCCUCAGGUGUCAGAUUUCCCACUUGUGGUUUGCAAAGGGGCCUUCCCAACCGAGCCCAUUGCAGUUGCAGCCCCCCACCUUGUCCCAGCAGCAGCAGCGACCACACUGGGGAUGCCAACCCCUGCACCUCUGGCAAUGACCCCACCAGCCAUUGUGGAUCGGGCAGAUCUACCGGAAGUGACCCAGAAGUUCCACGAAGCAUCAAAGGACAAAGCAAAGAUGAGGUCUUUGUUCCAAGAAUUUCAAAGAUGCAACGGGGACUGGCUGUCCAGCACCCUUGUGAUCCGUGAUUCCCAGACUACAACCAACACCCAGGGUGGUAAGGACCUUUUGGUUAAGUACCAUGGCAAUACCCUUUUGGUGGACGAGCUGAUCAAGAAGAAGACCGCCGAGAAGAAGUACAUCUCUCAUCCGGAGUUUCCAGACAACGAGGAUAUGCGGCUGUACAAAACGUGGGUGGAAACGUAUGAGAAGAACGAAGAGAUCCAUGCAGAAGGUGUGGAGACCAGACGUGAGGCUGAAGGUGACUAUGAUGGCAUGGGGAGCACCCCGAUCCCUCCUGGAGAUAGCCAAGCAGUCCCAAAAGCCAAGCCAAAACCCAAGCCUAAGUCGAGUGCACCAAAGGUCAAGACUGAUGAGCAGUUGGCACGUGCAGCUGUGGUAAAGGCAAAUGCGAAUCUCCUUGAAAUUUCGCAGUGGGACUACAAGCUGGCGAACGCCAGUGUGCCCAAAGUUGUUCGGGAUGCUUACGUGAGCAGCAUGGAGACUGAGGGCAAGGAGCUCCGUGAUGCAAAGACAGCUGUGGAAUUGGCGCUGAGUUUGGGGCAGUCCUUAAAGGAACCCACCGAAAAGUUGGAAUCUGCGAAUGAAAACUACCGAAAGUCAAGUGGCCAAGUCAAGAAAGCAUGUGUGGCGCCGAAGGCCACCUCUUGCGCGGAGCUUCAAAAAGCAGCUCAUGCCUCUGUGAAGGAGGCUGAGGCAGGUGCUACUGUGAACGCCUGCCCACUUGGUCUUUAUGGAGACGACUGUUUGGACUUGUCCCGGUUCCCACUGUUUCUUUUGAGGGUUUCUCGAAUGGUGCCAGACUACUCGUUGACACGGGUUUACCAACUCCUGAUGUGGAGCUUCAAUGUGGCCCGGCGUGGCUAUGUGAGUUGCGAGGAGAUUGGAAGUGGAGCAGAGAAGCCUUUGCUCUAUCCACCCACUGGGGUGGACCAAUCUCGACCGGGAAUUCCCUAG